GCCUAGUGGCCACCAACAACACAGGGUGUCAUGGUGGGCGGCGGACAACCUCCGUUCCGCGACCAGUCCUUCGCUAGACCCCAGUCAGUUUAGAUGGACCACUAUAGUCCUAGUACGGGACCUCCAAGAUGGUGCGACUGCCGAUUGUACAUCGUGUCUCGGCGACAGGCCCGCCUGUGGGUCUGACAGCGGCCGUUAGCCUACCGUCCGGGGGGGAAACUGCGGCCUAUCUUUGGACAACAAUCUAAACAUUUUAAAUGAACGCCAUACAAUCUCCGCUUUCCCCCUCCCUCCCCUUUGGCCGAGACCCGAUGUCCCCAUAGUCAGUCUUCACUCCUCGCUAUAAGUACACUGUCCAGGCCCGCAGAAAGGGCCAGAGAAUCAAAGAAUGAUCCAAAAGUGAUAAAAGCAUCCGAAUAUCCACAAUCACAAUGACUGCCCAAACAAAGCCCAUCUUCGUCUUCGUGCCCGGUGCAUGGCACACCCCAGAUACCUUCGACAUCAUCCGCGCUGUAUUACGGCAGCGAGGGUACGAGUCCGAGGCCGUUGCGAACCAGUCCGUCGGCGCGGCCGAUCCAUCAAUCGGUCUCCAUGCCGACAUCGCCCACACCAGGAGGGUUCUCCGGGGUCUAGCCGACCAGGGACGUCCGAUCGUGGUGGUCGCCCAUUCCUAUGGCGGGAUCGUCGCCGCGGGCGCCGUCGAGGGUCUCGGCUACGCGCCUCGGGCCCGCGCAGGUCAACCCGGGGGCGUGAUCCAGGUGGUAUGGAUGGCGGCCUUCGUCGCGCCCGAGGGCAAGUCCCUCUUCGAGAUGCUGGGAGGGAAGUGGGAGCCUUGGAUGAGUUUCACAACCCCCGACGACGGAUACGUCUACACCACCCAGCCCGAGAGGAUCUUCUACCAUGACCUGACCCCCGCCGCCCAGCGCCGCGCCAUCGCCAACCUGCACCGCCACCCCAAGCCCUCCUUCCUCGAGCCAGCCCUCCACGAACCCUGGCGCGAGAUCCCCGCCUUCUACCUCUUCUGCGACCAAGACCAGGCGCUGCCCCUGGCCGCGCAGGAGGCCUUCGCCCACACCCUGGGCAACCCCGGCCGCUAUCACGUGGACGCAUCGCACUCGGCGUUUCUGAGUGUGCCGGAGCAUGUGGCCGACGGGCUGGAGCUGGCGUUGCAAGGGGGGUUAGAGAAGACUGGUGCUGGUGCUGGCGCUGGUGCUGGCGCUGGCGCUCCUGGUGUGACUAACCGCGCUAGUCAGUUAUGAGCUAGAUAGUAUAGUGGUCUCCGACCAGGGUGGAGGGAUAUAACUUAUAUCCUGGUAAGAUACAUAUAGUACC